AUGCUGCUCCCAAGGCUGCUAACGUGUGUCGCCGCGUGCGCCUUGCUCCUGACGCCGGGCUGCGGGGGCUGCGGGCCGGGUCGAGGCUACGGCAAGAGGCGCUCGCCGCGGAAGUUGGCACCGCUCGCCUACAAGCAGUUCAGCCCCAACGUGGCCGAGAAGACCUUAGGGGCCAGCGGGAGGUACGAAGGGAAAAUAACUCGCAACUCCGAGCGCUUCAAGGAGCUCACCCCUAACUACAACCCCGACAUCAUCUUCAAGGAUGAGGAGAACACCGGUGCAGACCGCAUGAUGACACAGCGCUGCAAAGACAAGCUGAACUCUCUGGCCAUCUCCGUGAUGAACCUUUGGCCCGGGGUCCGGCUGCGGGUCACCGAGGGUUGGGACGAGGACGGCCACCACUCGGAGGAGUCGCUCCACUACGAGGGGCGGGCGGUGGACAUCACCACCUCGGACCGGGAUAGGAACAAGUAUGCCAUGCUGGCUCGGCUGGCGGUGGAGGCGGGCUUUGACUGGGUCUACUACGAGUCCAAGGCCCACAUCCACUGCAGUGUCAAGUCAGACCACUCAGUGGCAGCCAAGUCUGGAGGUUGUUUCCCGGGCGACGCCUUGGUCAUUGUGGAAAACGGCCUCCAGAAGUCCAUCCGUGACCUGCGCCCCGGUGAACAAGUCCUGACUUUGUCUGGCAGAGACAGUCGCGCUGAACUGGUGUACAGCCAAGUCCUGACCUUUCUGGACCGUGACCCAGGAAUACACAAGCUCUUCUACACCCUAAAGACCGAAGGUGGUGCGCACCUUUCUCUGACCGCCGCCCACUUGCUGUUUGUGUCUCAGGGUAACUGCUCAGACGGGGUGCCGCCCACUCCUAGCUCCCUGAGGACGGUGUAUGCUUGCGACGCUCGGCCGGGCCAGUGUGUGCUGGUGGCCGACGGUAGAUUGGGAACUCUUUCUCGGGUCGCGAGUGUCACUGUGACGGAGAGGACGGGGGCGUUCGCUCCUCUGACGGCACAGGGGACCCUGGUGGUGGAUGGGGUGGUGGCGUCCUGCUAUGCGGUGGUGGAACAGCAUUCCUUGGCUCACUGGGCCUUCUCGCCACUCAGGCUGAUGCACAGCUGGACCGGCACCAGUGGUUACCGUGGUGAUGGGGUCCACUGGUACGCUGAGCUUUUACACUGGCUGGGGGGGAUGCUGCUGGACUCCGGACACCUCCACCCACUGGGUGUUGCCGCAGCCCACAGGUGAGGACGGAAACUGCAACAAGAUAAGCCAAUAGAACUAUACGAUGGAUGUUUGGAUAGCUGCUAAGCCUCAUGGGAGUAUCACUUGGGUUGCGAAAGAGGAGUCCAGAAGUGUUAAUUCAUCAGACAGACUGACUAUAGAUCAUAUACUAACAUGUAAACUGGUCUUAAUCUCCUGAUGUAGAACAAUGAAUUAAAAACAAAAAUCAACCAUUGUUGACAAAGAUGAAAGCGAAUGUUAUCACAACAGUGUACCAUCUACUAUGGAGUCCUACUGAAAUGACAAGUUGCACACUAACUACACUGAACAAAAAUAUAAGUCAAUAUUCACCUUUGUUCUUGUUCGCAUUUUUGAUCGAAGACUUUCACUGUGCACAAAAGAAGUAUUUAUCUCAAAUGUUGUUCACAAAUGUGUCUAAAU